AUGAUGCCCUCCACAAAGGAGAUUGAGGAGAUUGAGAACAAGCAGGCCGAAAACCCGGAUAUGCCGUUGGGAAAUGCUGAACAAUUCCUGCUAAAAAUCGCCUCAAUCCCAUGCCUUCUGGAGAGACUGAAGCUCUGGAUCUUCACCCUCGACUACAAAAAUGCAGAGAAAGACCUGGCCGAGGCAUUGAUGGACAUGCAGAGGGCGAUGGACGAGAUGGAGAAGUCGAAGACGUUCAGUGUCGCCAUGGGGAUGCUGUUGAAGAUCGGGAACACGUUGAAUGGGACUGAUAUCAAGGGCUUCUACCUGGACUACUUGGCGAAGGCGUCGGAGGUGAAGGAUCCGGUCUACAAGCAUCCUUUGACAUGGCAUUUGGCUGAAUACAUGAUCGAGCACUUCCCAGAGGGGACCGACUUGUAUUCAGAAUUCGGAGCUGUCGCGAGGAGUGCUAGGGUCGACUACAAGGAGCUCCUCGAAGGUCUGAAGAAGCUGGAGCACGAUUGCAAGGUCUCCUGGGAGUACUUGGCCAAGAUCUCGAAGAACGACCAAUCGAGCAUGAAGCAGAAGAUCAACGACUACCUCACCGACGUUGCACAGAGGAUUCAUCAGCUGAAGGCUAUCUGGAGAUUGUCGCAGAAUAGAUGGCACGCCUUCCUAUUCUACUUCGGCUACUCGGUCCAAGAGAUCCCCGACAUGAAGCAGAACGAGGUGUUCAAGAUGGUCACCGAAUUCGCGCUAGAAUACCGUACCACCCGGGACAAGAUCCUGCAGCAGCGGAAACGGAUGGCCGAGAAGCGGGAGAGGAAUAAGACACGCGGAAAGAUCUGGGUUGAUGGAGCUGGCGCUGAGGGGCCGGCAAGCGGAAGUACGACGGUGAAAUCAAGGAGGCCACCAAGCGAUAUGAGCGUUGAGCAGCGCCAAGACGAGCUCUCAAAGAUGCUGACCAGCCUCGCCGAUGCCGCCACCACCGGAAAUGGUACUUUAAGAAGAGUACGAGCCGCUCCGGAUCGUGAUUUCGCCAGGCAUGUCGUUGGGCAGAGAGAGGCGAUGCGGAAAGAUCCGAACUCACCCCUGGAUGGCGGGGAUGAUUUGGAAAAUGCUCUAUUAGACGGUCUGGUCCGAGCAGCAACCGGUCUCACAUCAGCUGAACCCAGGGAACGACGCCGCGCACGACAGCUCAACCGGAAAUCUUUACGCCGUACGAGGACGCUGAAGCUUGGCGAUGAAGCGUACGCGUCGCUGGAGGAAGCGCUCAAGAGUUACGGG